AGUUUACGCACAGCUCACAGCUGAGCGAGAGAAGGAAGGCGCCGGGAAGGACGGCCAGCCCCCCAGACUCUGGGUGGGCUGUGCCGCGCCGCUCCGGACCUUCCUGGGUUGGAGAGGUGCGCACCGUCGGCACCUCACCCUGCGGCUGGCAUCUCCUGCCCAGGAGAUGCACCCUGGAGCCUGAGGUCCUGAAUCUCUGGAGCCACCACCUGCGAAUGCCCUUCGCCUCUCCUGAUCUGUGCCCGGCCGCCCAGUGAGAUUAUUCCAGGACUUGGAAGAUCAUCUUCUGAGACCAAAAAUGAAGCUCACACCAGUACGCUGGUGCUUCAUCUUCUUGCUCUUCCUAAAUCUGCCGACUGAAACUCUGCCUACCACUUCAAAUGACACCCACCAUCCGACAACAGAGCCGGAGCCGUUUCUCUACAUUUUGGGGAAACAGAGACUGUUGGAGGCAGAGCACAGAUGCUAUGACCGAAUGAGAAGGUUACCCCCUUACCAAGGACAAGGCCCCUUUUGCAACCGUACCUGGGAUGGAUGGACCUGCUGGGAUGACACACCGGCUGGAGUUCUCGCCCAUCAGUACUGCCCAGAUUAUUUCCCAGACUUUGAUUCAGCAGAAAGAGUUACAAAAUACUGCGGUAAGGACGGGAUUUGGUACAAAGACCCUGAGAGCAACAUAACCUGGUCCAACUACUCCAUGUGCAACGCUUUCACCCCUGAGAAGCUGCAGAACGCGUUCAUUCUGUACUACUUGGCUAUUGUGGGUCAUUCUAUGUCGAUUUUCGUCUUGGCGAUUUCCCUGGCGAUUUUCAUGUUUUUCAGGAGCCUUCGCUGCCAACGGGUGACUCUGCACAAGAACAUGUUUCUGACUUACAUCCUGAAUUCUAUGAUUAUCAUCAUCCACCUGGUUGAAGUCGUGCCCAAUGGAGAGCUCGUGAAAAGGGAUCCGCUGAUUUGCAAGAUUCUGCACUUUUUCCACCAGUACAUGAUGGCGUGCAAUUAUUUCUGGAUGCUCUGUGAAGGGGUCUAUCUCCACACUCUCAUCGUGGUGUCGGUGUUUGUUGAGGGACAGUCUCUGCGCUGGUACUAUGUCCUGGGAUGGGGGCUCCCACUGCUGCCAACUACUGCUCAUGCUAUUUCUAGGGCGCUGCUCUUCAAUGACAACUGCUGGCUGAGCGUGGACACCAACCUGCUCUACAUCAUCCACGGCCCUGUCAUGGCAGCACUGGUGGUCAACUUCUUCUUUCUGCUGAACAUUGUCCGGGUGCUGGUGAAGAAACUGAAGGAAACCCCGGAGGCGGAAUCGCACAGGUACCUGAAGGCGGUGAGGGCCACUCUGGUCCUCGUCCCCCUGCUGGGGGUCCAGUUUGUCGUCCUUCCCUGGAGGCCUUCCAACCCGCAACUUGGCCGAGUCUAUGACUACGUGAUGCACUCUCUGAUUCACUUCCAGGGAUUCUUCGUUGCCGUGAUCUACUGCUUCUGCAACCACGAGGUCCAGGAUGCCCUGCUGCGUCAGUGGAGACAGUUUAGAGCCCAGCGCUCCGGGGGCCGCCGCUCCAACCGCGCCACCUCCAGUGCUCCUGCUGCUGCAGCCCUCGCCGAGGCUGGCGACAUCCCUGUCUACAUCUGCCACCAGGAGCCGAGGAACGAGCCCGCCAACGACCCCGGCGAGGAGGGGGCUGAGGCCAUCCCCAUGGAAGUGAUUGAGCAGCAGGAGUCAUCCGCUUGAAUGUGACGCAAAUACAACAUCGUGAUCACUGACCCCUCACCUCCUGGGAGCAAGACAGACCAUGCAUUUAAAGUGAUUUCCAUCCUCCCAGGAGCGAACAUCUCAUUUGUGAGAAUUAUUAAGUGAAUUUGUCCAUUGUGAACCUGAAGAAAGUUUUACUUGGUACUUUUGCUAUGGGAGACAGUUUAGGAAUGGAGUCUCCCUCUAUAAUAUUUGUGAACUCCUGUGAAUUCCAUCUUUCAUCCAGGAUUGAGCUACAAAUGUCACAGAAAUGCAAGCAAAGUAUACAAGUAAAACGUGAUCAAAUUGACCUAGUUUCAGAUACAGGGUGCUCCUUGUUAAUCUUGAGCCAUUUAUACCUUUGAAAAAAUUAAAACCACUGUCAAUAUUUUUCUUUUUAACUCUAAACUUUGAAUUAGACUAUUUCAGUAUUUGGCUAUGGAUCUGAUUUUUAAUUUUUUUUUUAAUUUCAAUCAAUUCUGAUGUUACUCAGAUGUUUUUACCAUCCACACAAUGUAAACCGCACAAAUUACAUGACCUCUGCAAGACAAAGUGGAUUUCUAAUACUGAGGUGACUGAGUGUGUGGAGAAGAAGUCCUGCAUUUGGCAGGAAGAUGUAAUGAUUUGAAUGAAAAAGAAAUUGAGUCAGUUUGCUCAAAACAUUAGAUGGGCCAGUUUGUUCAUGGAUUUAUUAAGGUCAUAGGCUCAGCUUGGUUUUGGAUAAUCCCGUGUAUUGGGCAGGUCCCAAUGCUGUGAGGAAUUAGCCUUUGUGUUGCAUGUGCUUCAGUCGCUCACAUUUACCAACUGGGAGGUCACGAAGACUCCAUCACUAAAUUUUUCACAAAACUGCCAAAAAUGUAAUUCCUAGUGGAAGAGAAUACUCCCUUUAAAGAGAGUUCUCGGCUUUCCUAAACUCCAGGAUUUAUAAAGCAAAUCACUCCAAGGUUUAUAAAGCAGAUUACCUCUUGCCCUUGGGUGCUAUCUAGCAGUAAAGGAUAAAUUUGUUUGAGACUGGUAAUUAAAAGACUCCACGUAAGUCCAUUAACUGCUUUCUGCCCAGCUUCAAAGCUUAACAAGAUCUCAGCCUUUUCCAGGAAGAUUCAGUAGGACUAAUUAGAAGUCAGUUUGUAGUUGACCUCUUGUUUGCUGCUAUUAGUGAAACAGGAGGAGGAAAAAUGUGACUGCUACAAGUUUAACUAUAUACCAAUUCAUUUAAAAUAAAAGUAGAGUUCCUCAUUAGAAUCCAAGAUUAGAUUCCCCUACCUCUCUUUACUUCCUUCAAUAUAAAGUCUUCAAAAAUCCCUGAAUACACCGAUGUCAUUCCUGGCCCUUGAAGCUAAUUUGUGAAUUUGCAACUGUAAUCAGCUACCGUGAUUUAAUUUGUAUGCUGAAUGAGGAGACACAUUGGAACCCAUCACAUCUCAAGUCUCAUCUAUGUCAUCUUGUGCCACUGCCUUUCAGAAAAUGAUCUAGUUUUGGAAAGACACAAAAAUUGAUUUGUUCUGGUGACGUAUUUAGCGCACCUAAAGAGAAUUAUAUUCUUUCAGAGAAAAUGUAUUUUGGAUACUAAAGUAGUUUAAGUCUCCUUUACUGAAUGUAAGGGAGGAUUUGAAAAGAAGGUAUUUUUCCAAACACAGUGUUUAUGUAGUGCUGUUUCUAUUUUGUUUACAAACAUGGAAAACAGAGUACUUGCGGCAGCUCUCGCACCAGCGUGACAACGCACUGCUGACGUGUCCUAGAUGCUCUUGUGCUAAUGUGUAGUAGCGGCUGGAGACAACCAAACAGCUUACCCUAGAACUGCGCACAGUGCCAAAAGUGUGACACGCUUACGCUCUAUCCAUGUGUGAAUUAAUAAAGAGAAUUAAUAAAGCAAAAA